UCCGAAGGUAAACACAUCUGGCUAUCUGCUCUGCACCAGCGGUGGUUUCAAGCGCGCGCGUUUGUCCGCAACUCCAGCACCGGGGCACCACCGUUCGCUUCGUUUCGUCUCGACCUCACCUCACCCCGCUCCUUGGUCCGGUUCUCUUUCUCCGCGCAUUAUUCUAUGCUUCACGGACCACGGGCCCGGAGCCACGAUCAGGAUCCCCCCCGGGAGGGAUGACCUAGAAAACGGGAGUAGUGGGAGUGCGAGCAGAAGGUGAACCACACCGGACAGUCCGGACCGGAGACCGAGAACCGAGCGCGUUAUUGCGAGCCUUUUUGCACUUCAUUUCUCCGCGCGUUCGUGUUCGAUUUCGAUCGGUCUGUGUGCGCGUCUCCAAUCCAGUGUGUGUAUCUAUGUGCGUGCGUGUGUAUGUGUGUCUCUAUAUUGGUUAGUGCAGCUCCGAAUUGGGAGUUAGGCUCCAAGUUUUUCCCUUGUUCCCGGUUCCCGUUUUUUUUUUUUUGGUUUUUUGCCAUCAAAUAGAAUUCACAAAACACGUGCGCGAAGUGAGUCGACGUCGCACAAAAAUAGAGCUCGCUACUCCACUCCACGACACCGCCACGAUCGACGCCACCGCCAGUAGUGUCCAGCUCUAAUUCGAUAAUACGUUCUACGUGAGCCCAGCGUGGGCGUGCGAGCUACCCGUGUGUGUGUCUGUGCGGUGUGUCCAGUGUGUGUGUUGUGAGCAUUUGAAAUCCUUUUAUCGCGUUAACGAAUUCUCUCUGCUCGAGUGGCGAGAACGCACCGCCGCCGCUGCUGCUGCCCAUCGGAUUGAAUGCAGUUUCAUUCAGUCCAUUGCAUCGACUGCGACGACGACGGUUGAUUGUGCCGGUUAUCCCGUGUCCCGUGUCCCGUGGUCACAGUUUAGCGCGCCACCACUACCACCCCCGACCAAGGGAACAAAAAGGGGCAACAGCAUUCGCUAUCGACACACGAGAUCGAUUUUCCGGAGCAUUUUCAUUCGAUAGUUGCUGCUGCAGGUACUUCACAAUGAACUCUUGCGCCAGAACCAACGUCACCACCGUCGGUGCGUCAGUGAACUUGCAGUGCCGUGCCUCACUGGAGUGAAUCUCCCGGUCCGGCGGGGGGGGGAGGGAAAAGUGUCAGUUCAGAUCAGCAGCACCGCAACACAUACGCACACACAGCAAUCAUCAUGCGUCUGUUCAAAACGAAAAAACUGCUCGAAGGACCACCGCAAGUGUUUGCGAGGGUGGCAGCCGGCCAUCCGACCGCCGAUAGUCUCCACAAUGAGAUGCUCGCUUCCGGAGCGGUGGCGCUGGCAUCGAUUGCCGAGAGCAGCACCCCAAAUGGGCCCCAAAUGUCCUGCACCAACAGCAAGCAACCACCAGCCAGCGAACGGUGCAACGAUGAGCUGACCGACAACGAGCUGACCGCCGCCGCCAUCAGCAUCACGGAUGCAGCAGCACCGGCAGCGGCCCCAAAUACGGGAACCGAAAAAACCAAUCAACUUCCUGAACCGCCGCCUCCUGCUGCUGCUGCUGCUGCUGCUGCUCCUUCUGCGGUACUGGACAACGUUGCGAUCGGUGUGACGACGAGUGAUAACAUUGGCAGUAUUAUUAACAACAACAACAGUAAGGGCGGCGAGGAGCAGCAGCAGCAGGAUGACGGUUCGAUUCGAUUACCGACGGACGGGAAGGACUCACGCAAUCAGUGUGUUGCGCAAGGAUUGCCGUCAGCCCUGCAGCCGGUCGCGUCAUCGAUAGCGUCGGUGGCCGAUGCUCGUCAAACGGUACAACAUCACCAGCAGCAGCAGCACCAGCACCAGCAGCUAACGGCUAACGCCCAUUCCGGACACUGUGCUCCAGCGACGAUUGGACGAAACAACGGCAUCGUAUUCACAUGGGGCCGCAAGAUGGGCAAAAAGUUCGAUCUCCUGCGCCGCGGCAGCGACGCUCAUAAGCUAGCCGCACAGCCGGGCGGCGUAGCACUGGUAGCGGUGGCCCCACCGGUCGUUCCACCAAUCUCUGCCACCCCAUCUUCGGCAUCUUCGCUGUCGUCGUCAUCGUCGUCGUCGUCGUCGUCGUCGUCAUACUCAUCGGGUUACUUCAGCAGCCACUCCGAGCCCAACUUGAGCGCUACGGAAGGCGUUAAGAAAUCGAAACCCACGCCGGCACCCCUAAAAGCCCACCUUCAAAGCCAAAGCCAGCCGCCUACGAACGGUGAACGGACGAACGGUGGCAAUGCGGCCAGCGCCGGGCACGACCCGUUGGUGAAGCUCAACACCGAGCGGUCGUCGGGUACGUUCAGGAAUUUCUUCUACCGGAUGGGCUCCACUGGUAUGCUCAACCACAAAUCGAGCCACUACAAGAAGCAACAGUUUCUGCAGCAGCAGCAGCAGCAACAGCAGCAACAGCAACAGCAGCAGCAGCAGCAACAACAUCUUUACCACCAGCAGCAACAGCAGCUGCGUCAACCGCAUCAGUUGCUGCAGCAAAUG